AUGUUUGAUUUAAAUAACACUUCAUUUGCAGAGGAUCCACGAAAUAUACGUUUGGCAUUAACUACUGAUGGACAUCGUCGUUUUCUUAAUCAAAGGCAUCGGUUUAGAUUGAAUAGGGUUCGAUUUAAUGGAGAGCAAGAAUUUCGCAAUCCACCGAAGAGGUUAUCUGGUCUUGAUAUACUUGAGCAAGUCAAGGACAUCAAUGUCACAUUUGGUAGAAAAGAAGAGGCAAAAGUUAGGGAGAAAAGAAGACGUGAUGAGCGUGCUACAGAAGAAAAAAAUGUAUGUGAUAAUGUGAUAUACACGUUGCUAAAUGACAGCACCAAGUCAAAAGACCACCUCAAUGCUCGAAAAGAUCUUAAAGCUUUAGGCAGUAAACAAGAUCUUUGGCCAGAUGAGAAUGAAAAGAAGUUAUGUGAUAAAAGAUUGAUUAUUAAGGAUUUAGAUAAGUUGCAAGAUCAAAUUGUGCUCACUCUAUGCCACAUGGAGAUGUUAUUUCCUCCAUCCUUUUUUACAGUUAUGAUUUAUUUGGUGGUUCACCUUGUUGAAGAAGUUAAGCUUGGAGUCCUGUACUUGGGACAAAUAAAAUCUUAUGUGCGUAAUAAAGCACAACCAGAGGGCUAUAUUACUGAAGAUUAUCUUAUGCAAGAGAUCCUUACAUUUUGUUCAAGAUACCUGGACAAUAUUAAGACAAUAUGGAAUCGACGUAAGCGUGUUAGUAAUGAGCCUACCUAUAUAGAUCCCAAUUUACGAAUAUCUAAGCUGUUUCCUCAAGUUGGAGAAUCAAAUAUUGGUUUCACAUAUUUUACUUUAGCACCAAUUGAGAAGAGGCAGGCUCAUAGGCAUGUUUUGACAAAUUGUCGUGCAGUUGAUAACUAUUUUAGGGAUUAUAGAGAUAUUGUGAAAAAAAGAUUAAGAAGCCAAAUAAGGGAUACUACUAAGAUAGACAAAAAAGUUCAUAGAAAAUUUGUUGAUUGGUUUUCUAAUCAUAUUUGUACUAAUCUCAACAAACUUCCUGAUGUGGAUAAAGACAUUCUUAUCAGUCUUUCUCAAGGACCAUAUGACCAAGCAAGAAAGGAUAAUGGAUUAAAAACUCAUAAUAGCGGAGUCUUCGGUACAUUUGGAACAAGAAGUUACUCAAAUAGUAAAGAUACCCGAAUGAACUUUGGUGCGGUACCUUAUUAUGAAAAGUUGGUAGACAUCAUUGAGCUUUUCUACAAUGGCUUUAUAGUUCUCUUGUUUAAAUGUCAAUGGGCAAAGACAACUAGUCCUAGAGGAAUCAAAAAGGACAAUUUGAGUUUUUUAUCUGUGAACUUUACAAAGCUCAUACAUACUGGUGAACAUGAAGAUGAUGAGCCAUAUAUUAAAGCUUCUGAAACCCAGAUAGUAUAUUAUGUAGAUGAUGAGAAGAAAAAAGGAUGGUGCAUACCAAUUCACUUGAAGUCAUGA